UGGCUCUUGAGAACAUCUCCACCCCACGUCUGAUGACAGAUUUACACGGUGUCACGGGGAAAAUAGAACUUCCUCGUGGACAGAGACAUAUCGCUACUUGUAACCUUCCUGUCAGGAGUGGCUUCUCGGAGCCGUUACCGUUAGCAGAACAGUACUGUGGAGAUAGUGAUGCCGUACUUCAGGCUCAGUACCAACGCAUUGCGUACCAGAAAUACCAAGCGGAAAAAGAGAGGAAAAUAGCGGAAUUCCAACUGAAAGUGAAAGAACGGUUGAGAGUAAUGAAGGUGCGGGAACAACAAGAUAUGGUCGACAGAACCCUGCAACUCACUGAGUCUGAGAACCUGUUGAUGAAAAGUGUUGACCCGGUUAAGAAGCCUCCUAUCGUAGCUUCACCUCUUGUGGCCAUCAACUCUCAGGGAGCAAAGAGUAGAAUCGCAGCACAAAAACAAGAAACGGACAUGCUGGUUAAAAGCAAUAAGUUAGCAAGAAGUAAGCUGGCUGGGGAGAAGACAGAAGUAGUCACCAUAUCCUGCACAGCCUCAGACAAUGGUGAAAGUGGAAGUGAAAGUGAAGCUGCUGUUGACAGUAGAGAUGGUGAUAAGGAAAAUGCGGUUUCUAGAGCUAAACCUAAUUCCGAGGCCGUGAGGAUACACCGACUGAAGGAAAGCCGGAGAGCGUAUAGUAUUCUGGAGAGACAGCGUAUGAAGGAGAGAUCCAGAGAACUAGAACACAAAGCUGCUGCCAACAAACUGAGACAACAAUCAGAGAGAGAUCGGACUAUUGCGGAGCAGCUCGUUAACCAGGUCAGAGGGAGGGAAAUAGGAAGCGAGAUAGGGGAGGGGUGAUGGUCGCUGGGUUGUAACGGAUAGAGACUAUACUAAAAUGGA